CUGUAAUUAUUUAAUCUGAAGAGUCUUUGUUUCCUGACAGUCCAACACCGUGAUCUUUUAUGAUUCAGUAAGAUCUUUUCUGAUAGAGUUGUUGAAUUAGUUUUAUUCAGUUCUUGAUUUAGUUAUUUGGGGGAGAGUUGUAUUGUACUCUUUUAUAGCCACCUUUCUCAUGACUUUCUCUGCAGCAUACGGGCAUCCUAGAUUAUGUUGUUCCUGAUAGAUAAGCCAUUUUUUUUGCCUGUUAUCUUUGUUGACUUCCUAUGGCAAGUACACCCUCGUGACAAGUUUGGGCUUGUCAUCCUGAAGGGCUUUGUGGCCCCAAGACCAAUUUGGUGCCACUUCCUGUUUUACAAUCUCCAGUCUCUUCAUUCCUGAUAAAUCAGCCAAUUUUGGAGUUUCAACAAGUUAUCUUUGUUGUUGGAAAGAUAACCUACCUCGCAAAGUGAGAUUUCUUUCUGAAGUCAGGAUUUGAAACUCGAAGUCUGUCACGUUGGGACAGUCCUGGAGUUUAAAUUAGAUUCUGACCCGUGGGGCAUUUUUUGUUAGAAGUUACUGUGCUGCUCUUUUUUUCCUUUAUGGCAAGUACACACCAGUGACAAGUUGAGGCUUGUCAGUGUGAUGGGCUUUGUAGCUUGAAGCCGUAGGUGCCACUUCCUGUUUUACAUUUGAGAAACCGUCUGCUUUAAUAUUAAACAUCUUUAUAGUGGAGCCAGGCAGGUUAGUUUGGUUCUAUCAGUGCAGAACUUAACCACCUAUUCUCAUUCGCCUUUCUGGCAACAGAAAAGCAUUUUUUCUCUUUAACUCAUUUAAAUUGAUUUGUUGAAUCAUCUAUACGAAAAGAGAAUUAUCCUGCUAUGCAGAGGUAAUUUCCCCAUGAUUAGUGAUGAUUUGGUCAAUUCUUACCAUCUUCUGCUGUGUGCUUUGGACUUGGUUUAUGGAAAUGCACUUCAAUGUUCCAACCGUAAAGAACUUGUAAACCCUAAUUUUAAAGGCCUGUCAGAGGAUUUUCAUGCUAAGGAUUCUAAACCUUCCUCGGACCCACCUUGUGUCAUUGAGAAACUCUGUUCCUUACACGAUGGCCUUGUUUUGGAAGCAAAGGGAAUAAAGGAACAUUUCUGGAAACCCUAUAUUAGGAAACUUUAUGAAAAAAAGCUCCUUAAGGGAAAAGAAGAAAAUCUUACAGGGUUUUUAGAACCUGGGAACUUUGCAGAGAGUUUUAAAGCCAUCAAUAAGGCCUAUGAGGAGUAUGUUUUAUCUGUUGGGAAUUUAGAUGAAAGGAUAUUUCUUGGAGAGGAUGCUGAAGAGGAAAUUGGAACUCUGUCACGGUGUCUGAACACUGGCUCGGGAGCAGAGGCUGCUGACAGGGUGCAGAUGAAGGCCAUCCUCCAGCAGCAUUUCGACAAGUCUAAAGCACUUAGGAUCUCCACACCACUGACGGGUGUGAGGUACGUCAAGGAUAACAGCCCUUGUGUGACCCCAGUUUCUACAGCAACACACAGCUUGAGUCGUCUUCACACCAUGCUCACAGGCCUCAAGAAUGCACCAAGUGAGAAAUUGGAACAGAUUCUAAGGACAUGUUCCAGGGAUCCAACACAGGCUAUUGCCAACAGAUUGAAAGAAAUGUAUGAAAUAUAUUCUCAGCAUUCCCAGCCAGAUGAGGAUUUCAGUAAUUCAGCUAAAGAAAUUGCCAGCAAACAUUUUCGUUUUGCAGAAAUGCUCUACUAUAAAGUAUUAGAAUCAGUUAUUGAACAGGAACAGAAAAGACUGGGAGACAUGGAUUUAUCUGGCAUUCUGGAACAAGAUGCAUUCCAUAGAUCGCUUUUGGCCUGCUGCCUUGAGGUCGUCACUUUUUCUUAUAAGCCUCCUGGGAAUUUUCCAUUUAUUACUGAAAUAUUUGAUGUGCCACUUUAUCAUUUUUAUAAGGUGAUAGAAGUAUUCAUUAGAGCGGAAGAUGGUCUUUGUAGAGAGGUGGUAAAACACCUUAAUCAGAUUGAAGAACAGAUCUUGGAUCAUUUGGCAUGGAAACCAGAGUCUCCACUCUGGGACAGAAUUAGAGACAAUGAAAACAGGGUUCCGACUUGCGAAGAGGUUAUGCCACCUCAGAACCUGGAAAGAGCAGAUGAUAUUUGUAUCACUGGCUCUCCUUUGACUCCCAGAAGGGUGAGUGAAGUUCGUGCUGAUACUGGAGGACUUGGAAGAAGCAUGACAUCUCCAGCCACAUUAUAUGACAGAUACAGCUCCCCGACAGCCAGCUCCACCAGAAGGCGGUUAUUUGUCGAGAAUGAUAGCCCCUCUGAUGGAGGGACACCUGGGCGCAUUCCCCCACAGCCCCUAGUCAAUGCUGUCCCUGUGCAGAAUGUAUCGGGGGAGGCUGUUUCUGUCACUCCAGUUCCUGGGCAGACUUUGGUCACCAUGGCAACAGCCACUGUCACAGCCAACAAUGGACAAACAGUGACCAUUCCUGUACAAGGUAUUGCGAAUGAAAAUGGAGGGAUAACAUUCUUCCCAGUCCAGGUCAAUGUUGGAGGGCAGGCCCAAGCUGUGACUGGCUCCAUCCAGCCCCUUAGUGCUCAGGCCCUGACUGGAAGUUUGAGCUCUCCACAGGUGACAGGAACAACUUUGCAAGUCCCUGGUCAGGUGGCCAUUCAGCAGAUCUCCCCAGGUGGACACCAGCAGAAACAAGGCCCACCUUUAACUGGCAACAGUAUUAGGCCCAGGAAGACCAGCUCUUUAUCGCUUUUCUUUAGAAAGGUGUACCACUUGGCAGGUGUCCGCCUUCGGGAUCUUUGUGCUAAACUGGAUAUUUCAGAUGAACUGAGGAAAAAAAUCUGGACCUGUUUUGAGUUCUCCAUAAUUCAGUGUCCUGAGCUUAUGAUGGACAGACAUCUGGACCAGUUGUUAAUGUGUGCUAUUUAUGUGAUGGCAAAGGUCACAAAAGAAGACAAGUCCUUCCAGAAUAUUAUGCGUUGUUAUAGGACUCAGCCACAGGCCCGGAGCCAGGUGUAUAGAAGUGUUUUGAUAAAAGGGAAAAGGAAAAGAAGAAAUUCUGGCAGCAGUGACAGCAGAAGCCAUCAGAAUUCUCCAACAGAACUAAACAAAGACAGAACCAGCAGAGACUCCAGUCCCGUCAUGCGGUCCAGCAGCACCUUGCCUGUUCCACAGCCCAGCAGCGCUCCUCCUACACCUACUCGCCUCACAGGCGCCAACAGUGACAUGGAAGAGGAGGAGAGGGGAGACCUCAUUCAGUUCUACAACAAUAUCUACAUAAAGCAAAUUAAAACAUUUGCCAUGAAGUACUCACAAGCAAACGUAAUGGAUGCUCCUCCUCUCUCUCCCUAUCCAUUUGUCAGGACAGGCUCUCCUCGCCGAAUACAGCUAUCUCAAAAUCAUCCUAUCUACAUUUCACCACAUAAAAAUGAAACAAUGCUUUCUCCUCGAGAAAAGAUUUUCUAUUACUUCAGCAACAGUCCUUCAAAGAGACUGAGAGAAAUUAACAGUAUGAUACGGACAGGAGAAACUCCAACCAAAAAGAGAGGGAUACUUUUGGAAGAUGGAAGUGAAUCACCUGCAAAAAGAAUUUGCCCAGAAAAUCACUCUGCCUUAUUACGCCGUCUCCAAGAUGUAGCUAAUGACCGAGGUUCUCACUGAGGUUAGUCUGUUGUAUUGAAAUUAUCUUUUCACAAACCCUGUCCAGCAGCACCAUUUAAUGCAUGCUCGCGUAUGGGGCUCUUUUCCUAAUCUUCCAGUAUCCUCUUUGGAUAUUUCUACUCAUCCCAGCUGCCUUUUUCCUACCACUCAGUGCUUGCCAUCAAGACUGCUUAGAAUCCAAAUGUGGAUUUUUUUUUAACUCUUCGGCAAAGCUUUUACACGAGCUGCAGAGAACAGAGCGUGCUCACCUCUGUGUAAGAGGUCUCUGUGGAUGUGCUCCAGCAGAGGGACUGUAUUUCGGUUCAUUCCCACCUGUUUCAUGGUCAGCUUCUGGCCCUCACGAAAAGCAAAACAAAAACUUAGGUGUUUGUCCCAAAACGCCUGGUAGGAGUGGGAGGUUUUUGCAUUCCUGCAACAGAGUGAGGGCAAGAGCCCCGAUCUGGAGGCCCUAGAUUCUUACCCCAGUCUCCUGUUCGCGUGGUGUAACCGUUCCCUCUCCCCUUUAGGUGUGGUGGUGUGGGAAGUGCUGGGUUGUUUGGUGUGCAAUGUGUGAGUGAACUUGUAUAAGAAGUGGCACUUUAGGGCUGUAAAAAGCAUGGUUUUGUAACCCAGAUUUUGCUGUAUAUUUGCGAUGGCACUUUCUAUAAUGUGAACUUUAUUAAGUACAAAACUUCCAGGCUAAACAUGCAAUAUCAUCUUUGAUGCUUUUGUACUUUUUUUAAACUGUUAAAGCCCCAGUAGCUGCCUUUGGGCAUGUGUUUUUAAUUCUCCAGUGUUUUGUUGUUAAUAGGGAUCAGUUGGCUAAGUAAAGAUUUUAAAUCAAGUUGAAUUAAGGGAAUAUGAAAAAUUCUGACCUCUUCUUUAAGAGGCAGUUAUCCUGAAAGACACGUGUCUAUUAAGGUGAUAAACUUAAAAUAUCUUUGGGUGUGUUCCUGGCAGUUUAAAAAAUAGGUUGGAGAAUUUAGGUUUUUAUUAGUACAUAGUACCAUUUAUAAAAAUUAGAAAUGUUAUUUAACAGCUGUUGAAUUAUCUCUAUAUACCUUUAUUAAUCACUAUCGUUCCAGCAGUUUUAAAGUUGAAUGAAUAAUCUUAUUAGGGAGAAAAUUCAAUUGUAAAUUGAAUCAGUAUAAACCAAGUUACUGGGUAACUUCAUAUUGCUCUGAAAGAAAUAUGGAACUUACACUGUUCAGUUAGAAUAGUGGUCUGCAAAAAUAUUUAUAAAACCUCUUCAAGAUACUUACUGCUACUGUAAUUUUAUAUGAAAAUAAGUGUAUUUUUCAAUAAAGCAUUUAUAAAUUAA